CAAAAUUUAAGUCCGGCAAAUUGCUUGACUGGGACAUGUUGAGAGUAAUGCACAACCUCAAACGCUUCGCGUUAUGAGGCGUGCAAUAAUUGAUAAUUUAUCAGCUGUAGAUAUCGAUGACGUUAAAAAUCGCGUUAAUAUUUUUGACAAUGCGUACAGUGCUACCAAGAACACUCAUGCCAUUGUCGUAUGUACAGAGUGGGAUGAAUUUAUUGAACUGGAUUUCGAACGUAUCUAUGCAGAAAUGACCAAACUGGCGUACAUAUUCGAUGGUCGUAAAAUUCUAGACCAUGAAAAAUUACAAAAGAUUGGUUUCAAUGUCCAAACGAUUGGCAAACGUGUAUCGCGGAUCGCCACUUCUAGGACUUGGGGCAGCCCCACACAGAUGUGA